CAUAUGGAACUGACCCAUCCAGGCUUCCUAGUUCUCUGUAUUAGAGAGAUGACAGCUAAGUUCAUAAGGCUCACUUGUAUUUGGAUCAUCUGAAUUGGACCUGUGGCAAAUCUUCAGUCUGUACUAAGAUGACAAGCGGAAGGUGAUCAUUGUGGUGGGUUUUAUAGCAGCAUUUCUACUCCUGAUCAUUGCUCGCCUUACAAAUGAAGUCGACUUUCCUCUAAUACUCAGCUGCUUUGGUCAAGCCAGUGUCAAAUGGAUGCCAUUUUCUUAUACACAAAGAAGACCUCUAAGAACACACUAUGGUUAUAUCAAUGUGAGAACAGAAGAGCCUCUACAACUGGACUGUGACCUCUGUGCCAUUAUUUCAAAUUCAGGACAGAUGACCAAGCAGAAAGUAGGAUAUGAAAUUGACCAGUCGUCCUGUAUAUGGAGGAUGAACAAUGCUCCCACCAAGGGCUAUGAAGAUGAUGUUGGGAAGCAGACAACAGUAAGAGUUGUUUCCCAUACUAGUGUCCCCCUUCUGCUGAAGAAUCCUGAAUAUUUUUUCAAGGAAACCAACAACACAAUCUAUGUCAUCUGGGGACCUUUUCGAAACAUGAGGAAAGAUGGCAGUGGCAUUGUGUACAACAUGCUGAAGAAGGCUGUGGACAGCUAUCCUGAAGCCAAAAUCUAUGUCACCACAGAAAAGCGCAUGAGUUACUGUGAUGAAGUCUUUAAAAAGGAAACAGGAAGAGAUAGAAUUCAGUCAGGAUCCUAUCUCAGCACCGGUUGGUUUACCUUAAUUCUGGCCAUGGAUGCUUGCUACAGAAUACAUGUCUACGGGAUGAUAAAUGAUACCUACUGCAAGUCAGAAGGCUUUAGAAAGGUUCCUUAUCACUACUAUGAACCUGGAAGAGAUGAAUGUGAUGAGUACUUCCUGCAUGAAAAUGCACCCUAUGGAGGCCACAGGUUUAUUACAGAAAAGAAAGUAUUUGCUGAAUGGGCUAAGAAGCAUUCAAUAAUAUUUACACAUCCCAACUGGACAGUGUCUUGAUGUUAGUUCUCACAGUCCACCACUAGUAGUGUUAUGUUCCAUGCAAGGCAAAUGAUAUUUACAACUGCCUUGAUUGUCUCUACCUAGGUACUGGCACACAAAAUAAACAAGAUGAUUCUAAUCUAGGACAAGAUGAAAAACCUACCAACCCACAGAAGACAUAAAUGCUUCUUCUGUCUUUCAGGAUUGAGAUAGAAAAAUUCAUUUUUUAUUUUUUAAAAGGCUUUUUAAAAAAUAAAUCCACAUGAAAACAGUUUAGUUUAAAGAUGAUAAUGUUCUUAAUAUUCUGACUAUUUGGGAAAUUUCUAUGAGUACUUGAAUUUAGCUUGUAUGGAUCAGCUAUGUAUGUGAUUUGGAUGUUUGUUUUUUAAUGCAGGUGUACAAAUUCAUCAUGGAAAGAUUAGAAAUGGGCUGAGUAAUAUUCCUGAACUCCAGUUAGUUUCUAUACAAGAGCAUUUUGUAUGUCUGAAGCUCAAGAGUGAUUCAUGUGCUGUGAAUGACAAGCUGCUUUCAUAGCAGUGAACAAUUCAGAUUUUUUGGAUGUUGACUCAAAUUCUCUUGUCAUUGAUCAACACAGCUACCUUCUGCACUCAGUUAUCCACUCUUUUUGUAGCAGAACUUUUAUUAACUGCUGUACAUGAUCUUAAGGAAGGUCUGUCAGCCUGAUUUGAAAUAGUGGUCCCAACUCUCAUACCUCUUAGAUGGUAUUGGGCACUGAAUUCUUUGUGGUCUUGAGUAGUUUGGCUCAAUUCUCUGCCUCAAAGUCUCCAUGUUUAAAAAUGGAGAUUCCAUCUACCUCACAAGGACGUUGGGAAAAUGAGUGCACCUACAGUGCUUUUUCAAUAAGUGAAGUUUAAUUUGUAUUUCAUGUACUUACUUAUGGGAUUCUGACACACAUUCCUCUGUGUUUUGUACUUGAGGAGCAUUGAACCCACAGAGUGAAAACAGUGCUUUGAAAUGUUGGUAUAUUCACUCCUUCUGCAGCAUCUCAGUGUUACUGGUUUCUUCUGACGGUUCUUCUCACAAAAUCAUCGCUUUUAUGGGUAGAGCUCUGGAAUGUUUAGUACGUGCCCAUUUCUAACUAAAGUACAGUACAGUGGCCCCUUGGUAUCCACUGGAGUGUGGUUCCAAUUCAGGACCCCCUUUGGAUACCAUAAUCCAUGGACUUUCAAGUCCCAGUAAAUACAAUGGAUUGUUAAAAUGGUAAUCCUUAUAUAAAAUGGCAAAAUCAGGGUUUGCUUCUGAUAUUUUAUAUAUAUAUUUGAAUAUUUUCAAGCAG